AUGGCUGCCCCAACUAUAUCGACUAUUGUCACGUUAUCCAACCUUCCAAAGGUCAUCCACAUCCGAGCUGACGAUCCCGCAACACAAUACCACCCUCUAUUCUCUUUACCAGAUGCAGACGUCGUCCUUCGUUCCCUCCAAGGAACGCUGUAUCGCAUCCACUCGUUCACCCUGCGCAUGACCUCCGGCUUCUUCGAGACAAUGUUCAGCCUACCCCAACCCAAAACCCAUCGACCACGCCGCGACGAUCUCGACACUGCCAAAACAGAACUCCAUCCUGAUGUUUUGGAUGUGUACGAAAAUGAUUUCCCGCUAGAACGCCUGCUUAGACUUAUUUCCGGGCUUCCUGUCCCCCGAUGGGAAACGAUGGACGAGAUCGAACGCGUCUUGACCCUCGCCGAGAAGUGGGAUACACCAGGACCUAUCGCAAGUAUCCGAUCCGCGUUGAAUUCGCAUCGGUUUCUUCACGACCACCCCCUCCGAUGCUACGUCCUCGCUACACAUUUCGGCUGGAAGCAGGAAGCCAAGCUAGCCUCGACACACACGUUGACUCUCAAUUUGUAUGACCCGGCACACUCCUCGAUUAUUGACCGGCUGUCAUCAAAGGAUCUUCUGUCGCUUCUGAACCUCCAUCGCAGACGGAGAGAUAUGUUCCGAGAACUUCUGAAUAGUCCCGAGAGAUUUGCUGCUGGAAAUAGCUCGCCAUACCAUUGCAAUCGAUGUGGUGUGACCGAACUCGAUAAUCACACGUGGAGGGUGUUUAAGAGCGCGAUGUUUAUAGAGAUGGAGAGGCGACCGUUGGGGGAUACGCUGGGCCUUGCGGUCGGCGAAACCGCUGGGUGGCCAGAGGCCAUCGCGUGUUGGGAAGCUCAGUGCACGAAGGAGGGUUGUGGGGGACUCAACUACGACCGCAUUGCGACCUUGCGGCAGAUUCGAGCCUGCAUUUCAUUGCUUCCGCUAACGAUCGAAGACUAG